GCUCCCUCCGGUUCCUCCGCUGUUCGAACCCGCUGUUCAACCCGCUGUUCCACCGACCCGGCGCCGGUACCGAGACCCGGAGAUCAAACCCGAAGCUCGGCUCGAGGAUCAGACUUCACACCGGACGUUUUCUUUCACUUUGAGGUAGAACGAGCGGAACCUGCGGACCUUUGACGUCAUGGAUUUCCUGGACUCGGGACAGAAGUUCAGUCCAACUCGGCAGGACAUUGACUGGGACACGACCCACCAGUUCCUGCCGGCCGCAGACAACAAGCAUCUGGAGAAGAAACCCAGGAAGAAGCUGUGGAUCGGACUCGGCCUCGUGCUGUCAGCCGCCGCCGUGUCUCUGCUGACCGGAUUGUUGGUGUGGCACUUCCACUUACGAAGUGACGUCAGAGUGAAGCGAGUCUACAUCGGCUCCAUGGGAAUCCGGGACCAGAGCUUCCUGCCGGAGUACGAAGAUCCCGACAGUCCACAGUUUUCUAGCCUGGCCACUCUGGUCAGCCAACAGCUGAAGCUGAUUUAUUCCAGAAACUCUGUUCUGACCAAAUACUUCCAAGGUUCCUCGGUCCAGGCCUUCAGUGAGGGCGACAGUGGCAGCGACAGCCUGGUGGCGUAUUACGAGUCCGAGUUCGACAUCCCCGUCCCCCAGCAGGGGACGCUGGACGAAGCCAUCCAGUCCCUGGAGCCAGCGGCAGGAAGUCAGCAGGGCCGACAGGGACGGAUUCUGCUGAAACCCGUCGAGGCUCUGAGCGUCAGCAGCGUCAUCUCACGAGCCAUCGAUCCACGAAUGUCGAGGACGUCGUUAUUUGAGAGGAAGUCCUUCAACAUCCACGUCAGCAAGGCGGGAGUCCUCCGGUCUCCAGGGUUUCCAGACUCCUCCUACCCGCCCAACGUCUACCUGCAGUGGCGGCUCCGGGCCGACCCCGGCCACCGGGUCCGGCUGGACUUCCACACUCUGAUCCUGGAUGACGACUGUCAGCAGGACUUCAUCAAGAUCUACGACUCGCUGGCGGCGAUAGAACAUCGCUCGCUGACAGAACAGUGUGGUUACCCUCACGGCUCUCUCUCCUUCGUGUCCUCUGGAAACGUCAUGUUGCUGACGCUGGUCACCAAUGAGGAGAAGAACUUCCCCGGCUUCAGAGCAAACUACUCCCAGAUUCCUCUGACGGCACAAAAAUGUGGAGGAACACUGAGCGCAGACAAAGGCUCCAUCUCUUCACCUUUCUUCCCCUCAAACUAUCCUCCAAAAACCUUGUGUGUCUGGAACAUCGAGGUCCCGGUGGAAAAGUUUGUGAAGGUUCAGUUCAGCAAGUUCCUCCUGGGAAAUCAAAGCGACCAGUGUCCUGAUGAUUAUGUUAAAGUCGACAAUCAAAGGCUGUGUGGCAGGAAGUUAAAAAACACAGUCAUCACCAGCCAAAGCAACAGGAUGACCAUCAAGUUCAACUCCGACUCGUCCUACGUUGAUCAGGGUUUCACUGCCGAGUAUGAAGCUUUCGUCCCGAACAAUCCUUGUCCGGGGAGAUUCCAGUGCACCAACAACCUGUGCAUCAACAAGACUCUGCAUUGCGAUGGCUGGAACGACUGUGGAGACGGCAGCGACGAGGACAACUGCACGUGCGAUCCGUCUCAGAUGAAGUGUAACAAUGGACGCUGUAAACCCAGGUUUUGGGAAUGUGACGGCUCUGACGACUGUGGAGACCGGACGGAUGAAGAAAACUGUGAAAAGUGUAAACCAGGAGAGUUUUCCUGCAGAAACGGAAACUGCAUCCCUGAGAAGUUAAAGUGCAACGGAGAAGACGAUUGUUCCGAUGGAUCGGACGAGUCCAGAUGUGAAAAAUCUCUGGUACUGCAGCAGUGUUCAGAGUUCACCUUCCGCUGCAGGAACGGACGCUGCAUCAGCAAACUUAACCCGGAGUGUGACGAAGAGCUGGACUGUGAGGACGGCUCGGACGAGGACAACUGUCAGUGCGGGACGAGGCCGUACAGAAGCUCGCGCAUCGUAGGUGGUCAGAUGUCGCGGGAGGGGGAGUGGCCGUGGCAGGUCAGCCUCCACAUCAGGGGCACGGGUCACGUGUGCGGAGCCUCCGUGUUGAAUCACCGCUGGCUGCUGACCGCCGCUCACUGCGUCCAGGACAGCGGAGCAAACAAGUACUCUCAGCCUGACCAAUGGGAGGCCAUGUUGGGUCUGCACGUGCAGAGUCAGACCAAUGAGUGGACAGUGAGGAGGAACAUAAAGCAGAUCAUCGCCCACCAGGACUAUAACCCCAUGACCUACAACAACGACAUCGCCCUGAUGGAGCUGGACAAGAACGUCACCCUCAACCAGAACAUCUGGCCCAUCUGCCUCCCCUCCCCCACCCACGACUUCCCAGGAGGCCAAAUGGCGUGGAUCACCGGCUGGGGCGCCACCAGAGAGGGAGGCUCGGUUGCGAUGAUCCUGCAGAAGGCGGAGGUUCGGAUGAUUAACGGCACCGUGUGCAAGAAUCUGAUGAACGACGAGGUCACGGACAUGAUGCUGUGUGCCGGGGUCCUCAAAGGAGGCGUGGACGCCUGCCAGGGCGACUCCGGGGGGCCGCUGUCCGUCAGGGGCCCCAGUGGGCGGGUCUUCCUGGCCGGACUGGUGAGCUGGGGCAACGGCUGCGCUCGCAGGAACAAACCUGGCGUCUACACCCGGAUCACCAAAUACCGCGGCUGGAUAAAGGAGAAGAGCGGAGUGUAGCCGCCGGGCAGCAGACGGGCUCGCGUAGUAUUUUUCGGCAGCAGGUGAAUGUUCUCUGAUGGUUUUUAUUCUUCUGGUUUAAAAUAUAAAAACUGUCAAAUGAUUCAUAUUCACGACAGAAGAAAAACCAUCAUUCAGUGAAACAACUAACAUGUGCGACCAUGUUAUGAAGCAGGGAUGUUUUUAGGUGAAUGUUUUGUUAUGAAUUUAUAUGUCGUGUUUUUUUUUUAAUGGAACAUUGGUCUGUUCCUUUUGAAACUCACUGUUUGUAAAUAAUGAUUUAAGCAUAAUUAUUUCAUUUUACACUUUAGUGUCAGAAUUCUUAUAAAUUGUGAUAAUCACACCAAUGGAUUUGGAUGAUUCAUCACAUUCCAAAUUCUUCUUAAACGUUUAAAUCAUACAUCGAUUAUCAAUUCAUUUAUCAACAGGGCCUUUUGUGAUCUUUCCCAACAAUUCACACAGAGAACUUAAGAAAUAAUGAAUGACUAUAAAACAACGUUUAAAUACCUCUCCAGUAUCCACAGAAAGUGUUUAAUGGAACUUCAGUGAAGGGGUUCCUCAGGGAACCGCCCUGGGUCCUCUGAUGAUUCACACAACGGAGGUUAAAUACCAGAUUUCAUCCAAAGUUUUUAACAGAAUAUCGAUAAUCAAGAACAAAAAAGUUAAAACAUAUUUAAAUUACUACUUUAAUGUUCUCUUAAGAACUCUCUUUCUGGUUUUCUACGAUAAAGAUGCUGAUUCUUUACAGCAAAAAAGAAGUUAAAUAAUAUUUUUUUUAAAUCUAUUUGAUAGAAUUUGUAUUAAUCGAUAUUUACUAGAUAGGAAUGUGAAUCCAACGUGAUUCCCUUAAAAGUGUUUUUAUUUUUGUAGAGAAUUUUUUUAUUACGUCAACCUUUCUAUUUUUUUUUUACUUUGGGCUGAAAAACCUUGAAGCAGCUUGUUUUCGUCACAGUUGUUUUUUUAUGUCCGUAUGUUUUUGCAGUGACAUCUUUCUGCUGAUUGUAUUUAUUUGUACAUUGUUGUAACAGUUGGUUUUCACAUCCGUCUUUGCUUUUGAAAGAAUGUGGUUUGUAGUCACAUAAUGAAAGAAUGUGGUUUGAGUUUGUUCUCAGGGUGUUCAUUUCUCUGCAGUGGCAACGUAUUCACCAGCAGAGGGAGCUCUCGUGUGACUCUUUUAUUCUUUGGGACCUGAUUAAGUUGUAGUUUAAUUUUGUUUAUUAGAAUUAAUUAAUUCCAAUUCAUGAUUUAACAGAGAGACGUAGGUGAAGUUAAUCCAAUGAAUCAUUUUUAUUUAAGGUGAAACAAACCAGUGCUUGAGUCACAAAUACUUGUAUGAAGGUUAAUUUAUACAAAACUCAAACAAUAAAACCAUUUACUAACGACA